GACAGCCGCUAGUUACCUAACAGCGUCGACCGAAACCAAAACGAGAGAAGCUCCGUCGACCAAGGAUUUUUUUUUAUUGGUACAGGCACUUAUUAAACUCCAAACUUGGAGGUUCUGAUAUAGAUAAUUGUCAUUUGGUAAAGAGAAACACUUUAUAAAAACAGAGUGUAACGUCUGGUGUUUGAACUCCGCGUAUACGUAGUUUUAGCACGCUAGCUAGCCGGCUAAGUGCGCUAGCUGAAGAAGAAAGGCCGUCGAGUUGACACAGCGUCGGCAAUCCAACGGAAGGAAUCGCCCUGGCAGAUUACAGCUGGCCUUCAAUAGCUGGACCACAGACAAGAAAAUCACCCUAAAGACGUCAACACCGAAAGAGGAUGGCUCUGAAAAGGAUCCACAAGGAACUAAAUGACCUGGCUCGUGACCCUCCAGCACAGUGCUCCGCUGGCCCAGUGGGUGAUGACAUGUUUCACUGGCAAGCCACAAUCAUGGGACCUAGCGACAGUCCAUAUCAAGGAGGAGUUUUCUUCUUGACAAUUCAUUUUCCAACAGACUACCCCUUCAAACCCCCCAAGGUUGCAUUUACAACGAGAAUUUACCACCCAAAUAUUAACAGUAAUGGCAGUAUCUGUCUGGAUAUUCUCAGAUCACAGUGGUCUCCUGCACUUACUAUUUCUAAAGUUCUUCUCUCCAUUUGCUCACUCCUAUGUGACCCAAACCCUGAUGACCCACUAGUGCCAGAGAUUGCACGAAUCUACAAAACAGAUAGUCAGAAGUACAAUAAACUAGCUCAGGAGUGGACAACAAAAUAUGCCAUGCUUUAGGAUACAUCAAAAUGGCAAAAGAAUGGACACAGAAGUACGCGAUGUGAUGGCAUCGUACCAAGAGACCAGGGGGAAAUCGUUGCUGGUUCAAACUUAAAAUUACGGGAUUCAGUUUUUCUUUUUCAUUGUAUUAUUUUUGGUUAAAUCAAUGCAUUUUAUCCCCCUCCUUUUUUCUUUUAUUUCUCAAUACCUGCACGCUCAUAAGAAGAUAGUGUUUUCUCUGUAGGUCACAUGCUGGUUUCUGUCAAAUUGUGACACUUUUUUUUUUUUUUUUUUUUCUGACUUAAAAGAAUCAUAGCUCUUAACACUCGUGCGAGUGUGCUCAACCUAUUGUAAAAAUUCACACACUUUGAUCAAGCUGUUAUCUUGCUGAAAAAUGGCCCAUCAACAGACUGGUUCGUCUUCGAUUGCUGCAUUUCUUUCGUGGAACCUGGGUUUCUAUUUUGAGCUUGCAGUACCAUAAGAUUUAAAUUUUCUAAUUGGUAAAAGUUUGCAUUUUUAUCAGAUGCCAAAAUUUGAGUGAAGGUUUUUGUGAGGAAACUGGUAGGUAGUUCUGUAUCAUGGAUCAAUGCGACAGUGGUAUGUUCCUCUGAUCAAUAGUAUAGGAUAAUAUCUGAAAAAUGUAUCUCAUUCCACUAUCAAAGGUGUACAGAGAAGCAGAUCAGCAUAUAUCAAUGUUAAGGAAACCAAUAUAAGAUCUUAAAUGUUGUAUUAUAUGCAUGUUAAUAAAGGUAGGCUUUUAUAUCUGAUGUUUCUGCAAAUUAAGUGAUUUGUAAGGUGGAACAGUUGGAAAAUUUUUGUUUCCUCACUAAUGCUUUCCAUUUCUUUUUAUUUAUAAGCCAGUAGGUGAGCAUUUAGUUUUUUUUUUAUGUCCACUCAAACACUGUCUUCUUGUAGCCCUGAAAUAUUGACACAAAGCUGAAGGUUGAUUCAUCAACUUGUGGCUCUGUUUCUUCUUUAGUUUUCCCUUCAAUAAAGUUUCUCCAAAAAUAA